AUGCCGCCGCUGCGCAGAAACCAUUACCUCUACCCCGGACCCCUUCUCAACCCCACCCUUCCUCUCCUCGCCCUCGCCCUUGUCGCGACCCUUCCGUCCUUCUCCAUCGCGGUCCCUCCCCCCGCGGGGGGCGGUGUGAGCGGAGCGGCAAGCACGAGUCUGGUGUUGCUUCCGCCGAGUAAAUACGGCGCGCGAUGCUUGGACGGCAGGUCGGUGCUCUCCUCUUUCGCCCCCGCCUGCUUUCUCCUCCUUUCCCCGUCCGUCCCCACCCGUCCCUCCGCCCACUCGUCCCCGCUCAGUCCGCCGGGGUUCUACCACCGGCAGGGGCACGGCACGGGCGCGAACAAGUGGCUGAUCUACCUGCAGGGCGGCGGGUGGUGCUACAGCGUCACGGGGUGCAGCUUCCGCGCAACCACCGUGCUGGGAAGCACCCGUUUCUACGUGCCUCCCUCUAACCCCGCGUUCGAGUCAACGCUGCGCAAGUACGGCACGCAGUUCAGCGGGAUGCUGAGCGCGAGCGCGCAGGAGAACCCCGCGUUCUUCAACUGGAACACCGUCAUGGUGCUCUACUGCGACGGCGGCGGCUUCGCGGGCAGCGGCCAGCGCAUCGCCGUCAACCGCACCACCACGCUCUUCUCGCACGGCUCGCGCAUCAUCAACGCCGUGCUGCAAGAGCUGACCAUGCGGCGCGGAAUGGCGGCGGCCGCCAAGGUGGUGCUGAGCGGGUGCUCCGCGGGCGGGCAGGCGGUGAGCGCCGUGUGCAACCGCGUGGGCGCCGCCGUGCCGCGCGCCAACGUGAAAUGCAUCAUGGACGGCGGGUUCUUCCUCGGUACCAUUGAGCCCGAGGGUACAAACGUCUGCAGACCUCGGGGUUCAAAAGCAGACGUGCAGACGUGA